UGAUGACGCAAUCCUGUGAAAGUGUGCAUCGGCACGCGCGCGUCGCGCAGACAGCAGAGAGCAGCUGCAGCGGCAAGACUGCAUUUUCACCAAAUACACCCCGAUCACCCACCCGUACACAGCUCCUGAACCAACUUAAACAUGGUCGACCGCGAGCAGCUGGUUCAGAAAGCCAGACUGGCCGAGCAGGCUGAGAGAUAUGACGAUAUGGCUGCUGCCAUGAAAUCGGUAACAGAGCUGAAUGAGGCUCUUUCCAACGAGGAGAGGAACCUGCUGUCUGUGGCCUACAAGAACGUGGUGGGUGCGCGCCGCUCCUCCUGGCGCGUCAUCUCCAGCAUCGAGCAGAAGACCUCCGCCGACGGCAACGAGAAGAAAAUCGAGAUGGUCCGUGCUUACCGCGAGAAAAUCGAGAAGGAGCUGGAGGCCGUGUGCCAAGACGUGCUCAACCUCCUCGACAACUUCCUGAUCAAGAACUGCAGCGACACCCAGCACGAGAGCAAAGUCUUCUACCUGAAGAUGAAGGGCGACUACUACCGUUACCUGGCGGAGGUGGCCACGGGCGAAAAGAGAGCCAUGGUGGUGGAGUCUUCAGAGAAGGCCUACAGCGAGGCCCACGAGAUCAGCAAAGAGCACAUGCAGCCUACGCACCCCAUCCGCUUGGGCCUGGCGCUUAAUUACUCCGUCUUCUACUACGAGAUCCAGAACGCACCCGAGCAGGCCUGCCAUCUGGCCAAGACGGCUUUCGACGACGCGAUCGCCGAACUGGACACCCUGAACGAGGACUCCUACAAAGACUCCACGCUCAUCAUGCAGCUCCUGCGAGACAACUUGACGCUCUGGACGAGCGAUCAACAAGACGACGAGGGAGGCGAAGGCAACAAUUAAGCGUCGAAGAUGAAAAGAGAAGAUCUUUGAGACCCUUUUCCUCUCAGCCGUAACAUAAAACACGCGUGCUCACACAACAAAGAAAAACAAAAAAAGUAUAAGUUACAUGAAAAAUUCACAAAAGGGGGCAUGAUGGAACUGUGUCAGCCACGUUUGCUGAUUGCAAAGCAACGCAGUUUUCUUUAUUUUCCACAAAAUUACAAGUGAGAGAAAUAUGCUAGUUACAAAGAAUGGUAUGUCUCAGAAAAAAUUAAGAAGUAGCUUAAAAAGAAUAAAUUAAACCUCUCUUUCGGUGAUGUUUACUCAACACAAGCUUGUCAGUACAUAAGUCGUUUCGAAAUGACUGAAGGGUUACGCUAAACCCGCCGGCAUAGGGACUGUUCUUGUAGCGUAAUACGAAGCGGAGCUGCUUAUAUUCAUUUACAUUGUGAGUAAAGAGUACUUUAAUGCGUCAAAGGGGGGCUUAAAUGACUAAAAAAUCUUUAAGUGAAAACUUGAAUGUUGUCGCCUCGCAAACGUAGAUAUUUGCAAACAGGCUGCACUGAGUGUAAACGGUCGUGUUUUUGUCUGAUAUAUACGUUCAUAGGGAUUCUGCACCCACUAAUGUUUAAAAAGUCGUUUACAUCGAACUGGUUAUCUGUGCCAUUUAUGAUACACAUCGUUAGUAUGCAUCUCACCUCGGAACCACACGAAACUACUGUAUUACAGUAAUGUUGAUUAGGUGUGCAAAAAUAACACAGUUAUGACUUCCCUGGUACAUGUAUUGCCCUUUCAGUCCAAAGCUAAAACCGUUUUCCAGUCGUUAUUAUUAUCAUUAUUAUUAUGGAUUCCGUUUCAAAAAUUGUCACGUCUGACCCACACUGUAUGAGAA